UUUACCCUGUGCAAUUUUUGACAACGACAAGUUGACAAAUCUUUUAUUUUCCAUGCUUCCUUUUUCUGUAAUUUUCUAAUUAUUCAUUUGUAUUUUGGAAGCGCUUGGACGCGAUAGUAACGUAAAGGAUUUGUGGACAAGUGAUUUUCACCUACCUGCAAAUAAUUUUCAAGCCGUUGAUUCUAAAACCUCAUCAUGACUUUGGGAACUUAUAAUAGACAUCAAGCUCAGAAGAAAAAGCAAGCAGCUUUGGCGGCGGCGUUUCCCCAGGGGAUUCGUUGUCAGAAGUGCUUGGAAUAUGGGCACUGGAGUUACGAGUGUACAGGCAAACGCAAGGUUUUGGUGCGUCCUUCUCGUACGCAAGUGCUGAAGAAAAACCUGAAGUCGCGGGAAGAGGGCUCCUGCAGCAAUGGCAGUUGCAAGAUACCCAACAAAAAGAAACGCUCAGACUGCGCAGACUGCUCUGACGACAGCUCUUCAGGCAGUUCCUCAGAAUCCGACUCUGGCAGCUCGGAUGACUCUGACAGUGGCAGCAGCAGUGACUCGGAAAGCGAUUCGGGUAGCAGCAGUGGGUCAGAAUCUGGCUCAGACUAUUAAGGACUUAAUGUGUAUCUACUUAACGCUGGUAUUAGGAAAUAUUUCUUAAGAUUUUUAGUCUAAUUUUGGGCUGUGUCUGUACAAAGUUACUUAUAUGUGCUUAUGUGUUAAAAUUGAGUUUUAAGAGCCCAGUAUUUUCAGUUAAGAGAUGCUUAGAAAGGCCUCCCAUGACAAUUUAAUUGACCUGAAGGCUUGCUAGAUAAAGGUCAGAGCUGUUAUAUUUUUGUGAGGGGUACCUGCAAAUAUUGUCACAAAUGCAUGUAAAGCCAACACCAAGUGUUCAUUAUAUAAUUUAUCUAAAUCUAAAGACCUAUCUUUAGUUGAUUUGAAAAAAUAACUUCAUCUUCACAUUUUUUUUAGAUUCUACAUUGAAAUAUGUAUGUUUUUUCUAAUGCCAGCUAUAAGUACCCCAGUUUAAUAGUUACGAUUUGAAAGUAGUAUACUAUCACCAGAUUGUGUCAUAAUGCUGGACAUUGAAUAUGAAAUUAGUUUAAAAUGACACUAUUUUUAAGAUAUUUUUAACCUGCAGACAA